AGGUGCAGCUCAGCCCGAUCCGUACUUCGUGGUGCAUACCACUGCGUGGAUCCUUUCGCCCGGUCCGUACUCUGCCGUCGGAAGAUGGCGGCGGCGCUGCGCGGCCUGGCCCGGCGGUGCGCCACGUCUGGGCGCGGGUACGCCACGCUCGUGGUCGCGGAGCACGACAACAAGGUCCUCAACAAGGCCACCCUUCACGCGCUGGCCGCGGCCAGCCAGCUGCCGGGGUCCACGAGCUUGGAUUUGCUGGUGCUCGGCAAGGGCUGUGGCAAGGUGGCGGAGGAGGGCGCCGCUGUUGCCGGCGUGGCCAAGGUGCUGCUCGCCGAGUCCGAGCAGCUGCACCACCCGGUGGCGGACACCACCGCGGCCAUGCUCCUGGCGCUGCAGAAGGAGAAGGGCUACUCCGUCAUCGCCGGGGUCUCGGGCUCCUUCUGCAAGGAGAUGGCCCUAGACUCUGGACGCCCGAGAUGGAUCUCGCCCUCGCGGCCGUGCGGCCCUGGCCCGCCGCCGCAGCUCCGCGGCCGCCUGGCGCGGCGCCCAUGCCGCGGGCGAGCCUUGUGGCGCGGAGCCGCGCCAUUGGCCCAAGCCGCCCCAGCGUGGCCACGCGCGGAGGGUGGUAGUCCAGUGGCAACGAUACCGGGGUCGGCGGAUUUUUACGGCCAGCCUGUCUUCCCGCCAGCCUGUCCACGUUUUCCUUAUGGGGUUUGAGCCCUCAUCGUCUGUAUAGGCCUUCGCUCUGGCGCGCACUGGAGGACGCCUGAGCCCUCGUGUCCGGCAGCCUCCACUGUCUCAUUGAAUGCUGGUACUGGGCUCGGUCUCCACACGUAUUGCUGUGAAAAUAGCGGUGCGCCUGAUCGUCCAUCGAUGCCUCUUUCUCAUCGAGUCCGUCCUGGCCCG